AUGCUCGCAGUGGUCUGCUUGGAGCAGUUGGGAAUCUUGUUCAGUGACCUGCGGAAUUGGGCAACAAAGACGACAAAGUGCAUUGGUGGUGAUUCAUGCGUCGGUGAAGCGUACGAAGAAAAAUCGUGCGAACGAGCGCCUUGUCCUUCCUGGUCAUCAUGGCAGCCAUGGAGUCAGUGCAGUACUUCCUGUGGGCGAGGAGAAAAGCGUCGAGUAAGGUUAUGUGACAGCGGCAGGAACUGUGCCGGGGAAGCAGAAGAAUACGAAGCAUGCAUUGAGAAGUUAUGUCCGGAAUGGACUGACUGGUCCUCUUGGUCAUCGUGUACUGAAACCUGUGGUACUAAGAGUACCAGGCUGCGUACAAGGUAUUGAUU